AAUGCCCGUCUUCUUCCAGGGCUCUCAGCUCCCAAAUCCCACCACUGCUUUCUUAUCUCACCUUGUUCCCUGGAAUCCCCAGUUCGAACCCUAACCCUGGUUACGGGAAGAAGAAGGCGGCCAUGCAGCAGAGCAGCAGGGAAAUGCAAGGGAUGGCGUCUUCGUUGAAUGGAAUACCAUCGUCCGCCGGCGCUGCGGCGGCCGCGGCCCAGAUCGCCCUCCAGGAGCUCCACAACGGCCACCGGCAGCAGCAGAUCCAGAACCCCGGCAUGCAGGUCCCGGCCGCCCACUUCGACCACUCCACAGGAGGCGGUGAGGCCGGCGGCCACGACGACUUCUUCGAGCAGAUGCUCUCCAGCCUCCCCUCCUCCUGGCCUGACCUCGGCAACCCCAAGGUCCCCUGGGACCUGACUUCUUCUUCCAAUCCGAAUGGCCUCGCCGGGAAGUCGCCGGAGGAGUCCGCCGUCGCUGCAGAGGGGCUCCAGUACGCGCCCUACGACGAGUCCGUGCUGCUCGCUUCCCGGCUCCGGCAGCACCAGAUCAGCGGCGGGAGCUCGCCGGCGGGCAAGCCGAUGCUGCUCCAGCUCAACCACCAGCACCAGCAGCAGCAGCAGCAGCAGAUGCUGCUACAGGGCAUAGGGAGAUCUCCGGUGGCCGCCAGCGGUGGGGAUUCCGGGCUCCUCCCGCUGCCGCUGUCCCUAGGGAGCGGCGGCUCGGCCGAUUCCCGCCUUCUCGUGGACAGAUCUCGAGACGAACUCGACCCGUCCUUCGGAUCCAAUCCCACCGGAGGGGAAGGCCUGUACAAUGGAUUCGGCGGAUCGCUUCAGGGAGCAUCUCAAACGGCCACCCAACAGCAUUUCCACCAUCCCCAGGGCCCGUCGAUGCCGGCCCAGAACUUCGGAGGCGCGCCGUCGCCCGGGGUGGGGCAGGCGGCGGCCGCCGGUGGCGGUACGGCUCCGCCGAGGCAGCGGGUGCGGGCGAGAAGAGGCCAGGCCACGGAUCCCCACAGCAUCGCCGAACGACUUCGCAGGGAGAGAAUCGCGGACAGGAUGAAAGCUCUCCAGGAGUUGGUGCCAAACGCCAUUAAGUCGGACAAGGCGUCGAUGCUGGAUGAGAUCAUCGACUACGUAAAAUUCCUCCAGCUGCAAGUCAAGGUGCUGAGCAUGAGUAGGUUAGGCGGAGCAGCGGCGGUCGCCCCACUUGUGUCCGAUAUGUCCUCGGAGGGGCAGAGCGGGCGGAGCGGGAGUAACGGCGCGGCGGGUAACGACACCCUAACGGUAACGGAGCACCAGGUGGCAAAGCUAAUGGAGGAGGAUAUGGGGUCGGCGAUGCAGUACCUCCAGGGGAAGGGCCUCUGCCUCAUGCCCAUCUCCCUGGCCUCCGCCAUCUCCUCCGCCACCUGCCACCCCCGCGCGGCCGCCGGAAACGGCGGAGGGGUCCACCACCUCAACCCCGGCCUCAUCCCGGCCCCACCACCUUCCAAUCACAACAACCCGGCAGCUGCCUCGGGCGCCGGCGGAGGAGGCGACGCCCCCUCCUCGCCGAGCAUGUCCGUCCUGACGGUGCAGUCCGCCAUGGCUAACGGCGCCGACACCGACGUCUCCCGGACCUCCGUCAAGGACGCCGCCUCCGUCUCCAAACCCUAACUAAGCUAAGCUCCUCAGAAGUCUGGGGGAGAAAAGGAGAAGGCUUUUUGGGUCUAUGCAUGUGGGGGCCGGAAAGAAAGAGAUAGAGAAAGGAGGACGUCGACGCUUUGACGGCCGUAUUUGCUUGGACAUGGAGGAAGGCGUCCCACCGCCCCACAGCUCCCUUCUUCUACCCUUUUUCUCUAUCAGCUUUCUUUUCUUUUUACUUUCUCUCUGUGUCAACUUUUUUAUUUUUUCAUCUUUAGUUAAGCCUACCUUUGCGUUUAAUUUUUAAUCGAAGUUUGUCGUUUUA